GCGGCAGCAUGGCGCUGUACGCUGCCGCCGCGGCCGUGCUGGCGGGCGUGGAGAACCGCCAGGGCUCCAUUAAAGCGCUGGUGUACGGGAGCAGCUUCCAGAACGUGAAGCCGCUGUACGCGCUGGUGUGCGAGACGCAGCGCUACGCCGCCGUGCUGGACGCUGUCAUCGCCCGCGCCGGCCUCCUCCGCGCCGAGAAGAAGCUGCGGCCGCACCUGGCCCGGGUGCUAGUGUAUGAGUUGUUGCUGGGAAAGGGCUUUCGAGGGGCCGGGGGCCGCUGGAAGCCCCUGCUGAGCCGGCACCAGGCGAGGCUGAAGGCCGAGCUGGCGAGGCUCAAGGUUCGCCAGGGCGUGAGCCGGAACGAGGACUUGUUGGAGGUGGGGUCGAGGCCCGGCCCAGUCUCCCAGGUGCCUCGAUUUGUGCGAGUGAACACUCUCAAGACCUGCUGUGGCGACGCCAUUGAUUAUUUCAAGAGACAGGGUUUCUCCUACCAGGGCCAGGCUUCCAGCCUGGAGGACUUGAGGGCCCUUAAGGGGAAGCACUUUCUUCUGGACCCCUUGUUGCCGGAGCUGCUUGUGUUUCCUGCCCAAACAGAUCUGCAUGAACACCCUCUGUACCUUGCAGGUCACCUCAUCUUGCAGGACAAGGCCAGCUGCCUCCCAGCCACCCUGCUGGCACCGCCACCAGGUUCUCACGUCAUUGACGCAUGUGCUGCCCCAGGCAAUAAGACCAGUCACUUGGCAGCUCUUCUCAAGAACCAGGGAAAGAUCUUUGCCUUUGACCUGGAUGCCAAGCGGCUGGCAUCAAUGGCCACUCUGCUGGCCCGGGCUGGUGUGUCGUGCUGUGAGUUAGCUGAGAUCGACUUCCUGACCGUUUCGCCCACGGACCAGCGUUAUGAUCACGUCCAGUACAUCCUGCUGGAUCCUUCUUGUAGUGGCUCUGGGAUGCUGAGCAGGCCACUGGAGGAGCAGGGGUCAGGCACACCUAGCCAGGAGCGUUUGCGUGCCCUGGCGGGCUUCCAGCAGCGGGCACUGUGCCAUGCGCUCUCAUUCCCCUUCCUGCGACGCUUGGUCUACUCAACAUGCUCCCUUUGCCAGGAAGAGAAUGAAGAUGUGGUCCGAGACGCCCUGCAGCAGAACCCAGGGUUCAGGCUAGCUCCUGUCCUGCCCUCCUGGCCCCACCGGGGUCUCAGCACCUUCCCAGGUGCUGAGCACUGCCUCCGUGCCUCCCCUGAGACCACGCUUACUGGUGGCUUCUUCGUUGCUGUGUUUGAACGGGCAGAGGUGCCAAGCUCAGCCUCCCAGGCAGAAGCUCUGGCACCAGAACUUGCACCCGGCCCAGCCCCAAAGAGAAAGAGGAGACGGCGAAAGGCCACUGCGCAGGCUGCAGGUGCAGUCGUUGAGGCCACCUGUGGGAAGUGAGGCUGCCCAGGCUGCCUGUAGGCUCCACAGGACUGCUGUUAGUGCCAGAGGCAGCUGGCAGGAAGGACAGAGUGGAGGGUCCUAGUUAGUCCCUUGGGUCCCUCCCUGGGGGCUGCCUACAUAAAUAAAAGGCAGAACACAGGCGUCUGA